GAAAUCGAUCACAUUCUUCCAGACAAGCAACGGAAUCGAUCAACUGCCCAUCUCCUCGCCGACUCACUCGUUACAAACUCUCAAACCACGGACCAAAAACUACUCGCCGCACCCCUCAUCUAAAAGCCAUCACAUCUACAAUCGAGAAUAUUUUAAAAGCAAAAGGGAAAAAAAAAGCAAAAUGAGCACAAGCACAGGCAUCAAACUCCCCCCCGCUACACACCGCAAACGCGUCGUCCCUCAAUCCGACCUCGAAGCCGCCUCCACCUUAAAACUCGGUGAGGACCAAAACACGCAUACUCUAUCCCUCAGUGAGGCGCGACUGGUUAUAAACAAAGUGCUUGAGAAUAAGAGGAGAGGUGGGAAGAAAUAUGAUGAACCUGAGUAUGUCUCUCCCUUAUUCACAGGGGGUUUCUGUUGUUGGGGUGAUGACGGUUUGGCUAAUGUCUGGGACGAUGGUAGGAACCUUACAAAAACACUGGAUUAUUUAGAGGUAUUUGCGCGAUUCAAGGAUGAAGAGAAUAUCAAGGCCGUGGAGAGAUUACUCAAUUCGCAUACGGAGUUAGAGAUGUUUGAGCGGUCGCAAUUAGGCAGUCUAUGUUGCGACAACGCGGAAGAAGCCAAAUCAUUGAUCCCCAGUUUACAGAACAAAAUCUCGGAUGUCGAUUUGCAGGAAUUGCUGGAUGAGCUGACCAAGCUGCGGAAUUUUGUCGAGUAAUUGUCUUUUU